UUACAACCAAACAUUUUUUGUUCUUUUAUUCUCUUCCUUAGCAAUAUUUUGCAAUCACAUAAAAUUUUCUCUGAAGUUUUUAUUUUUGAUCAUUUUUUGAUACCUUCAUCUUUGUUAUUUGAUUCAAUUGUGUGUUAAUUUUGUUGAGAAAAAAAAAUGAAGGAAAGUGUUGGAAACCCUUUGCAUCUAAAAUCUGUGAAUCAUAUCUCACUCAUAUGCAGAUCAGUGGAAGAAUCAAUGGAUUUUUACCUGAAUGUUCUUGGUUUUUUCCCAAUUAGAAGGCCUGGUUCUUUUAAUUUUGAUGGAGCAUGGCUAUUUGGGUUUGGGAUUGGUAUUCAUUUGUUAGAGGCUGAGAAUCCAGAAAAGUUACCAAAGAAGAAAGAAAUUAAUCCAAAGGAUAAUCAUAUAUCUUUUCAGUGUGAGAGCAUGGGAGCAGUUGAAAAAAAGCUGAAAGAAAUGGAAAUAGAUUACGUGAGAGCAACAGUAGAAGAAGGUGGAAUUCAAGUAGAUCAGUUAUUCUUCCAUGACCCAGAUGGAUUCAUGAUUGAGAUAUGCAAUUGUGACAGUCUUCCUGUGAUUCCACUAGCUGGUGAGGUGGCAAGAUCAUGCUCUCACUUGAAUCUUCAACAACUAAUGCAGAAUCAGAGUCAGCAACAACAACAGAUACAUAAGAUUGUCAAGUGAUUACUAUUAUAGUGUUGUUGUGAUAGUGAUGUGACCAAUUCAUGCAUCUUUGAUGAGUCAUGAAGUUGUACUUGGUUUUCUUUUGUUGUUGCUUUCUAGACAGUUGUCAAUUUAUGAUGUUGUUUUUUUUUUAUAAUGUUCUAGCUGUUUCUAUUAGUAAAUAAUUGUCAAGUUGUUUGUACUCAAAAUAGAAUACUACCUCCGUCCCAUAAUGAGUGAUCUAAUUGAAAUAAUUUAGUGUUUCAAAA